AUGUCUUCAGACGAAAGGAAAAUAGAAAUUGAAAAUGGUAGUAUAAAGUCAGCUCAAGAUUGGCAAGGAUCAUCACAACUGGACCUAGAGAGCCAGGUGGACAAAUCUGAUAGGGAUACCAAUACCGUCCCGGAAUACUCUUUUUUUGAUCCCAAAUUGUCUGCACAACGUAAACGGUUAAAAUUUGAGUUUUCAAGAGUUUACAUUAUUAUGAUCAUUGGGAUAAUGGGGCUUUUUUCAAUAUAUUGGGGUUCGAUGUAUGGAAGAAAUGAUAGAAUCAGAAACUUGAGAAUGUUAGUAGUUAUAGAAGAUGAUAUUACCAUAGAAGGUAUCCCUCCUAUUUUAGGUGAUACUUUACGAGAAGUUUUAGAAACCCCCACUGCAUUAACCCGAGGUAAUUGGCAUAUUUUUAAUUCGUCUGAAUUUGCGAAAUUGGCUGCGGAAAAUAAUAAUAAUAUUGAACAAGAACUUGAAAGACAAAUUCAUCACCAAAAUUAUUGGUCUUCGAUUUAUGUUAAACCAAAUGCAACUUGGAACUUUUAUAAUGCUUUGAUUCAAGGUGAUGGUAAAUAUAAUGUUUCCAAUAAUUCUAUAAUUUCAGUUUAUGAAACUGGAAGAGAUUUUGUGGCGAUGAAUCAAUAUGUUACCCCUUCAAUUCAGAUGAUUGAACGGAUUUGGUUAGGAGAACAAACUAAUAUGACACAACCCUUACUUGAUUUAAUGAGCAAUGCCUCUGAAGUACUUUCUCAACCAGGUACAAUGCAAUUACUUGCCUCCCCAAUCCAGUUUAUUUAUUUUGAUAGAAUAAAAUACACUGAUCCUGUAUUGCUUGCUCCAUCUCAAGUUGGGUUGAUUUAUACUAUAAUUGUCACAUUUUUCCAAUUUAAUUUCCUUGGUGAAGUCCAUAUUGCAGUUGCGAAAUCUGGAGUCAACAAACGUCAUUAUGUCAUCUAUAGAUUCCUAGCUUCUGUUGCUUCCUUUUUCGUGCUUAGUUUUGCAGCUUCUAUUGUGUCUUUGGCAUUCCAAGUCGAUUUCACGAAAGCGUUUGGUCAUUCUGGAUUCUUGGUAUAUUGGGCAAUUUCAUUCCUUACAAUGUGGGCAGUUGGUUCUGCAAGUGAACUUGCAGCUUUACUUUGUAUUACGGUAUAUCCACCAUUAAUAGGUUUCUGGUUGAUGUUUUGGGUUAUUAUUAAUGUUGCCCCAACGUUUACUCCACUUGCUUUAAGUGCCAAGUUUUAUAGAUAUGGAUAUGCUAUGCCUAUUUAUAAUUCAUAUGAAGCUACUAAGGUUGUUCUUUUCAAUACGUACAAGGGGGCCCUUGGUAGACAUAUUGGAAUUUUGAUUGCUUGGAUUGUAUUACUUACGAUUGCAUUACCUUUUGCUUUAGCAUAUUUUGGAAAGACUAUGACCAAGAAAGCACAAUUGGCAGCUCAGAAACAAGCAAUGGAAGAACAACAAAAACAGUUGGAAGAAUAG